UUGUGGGCUUAGUUUUGCUUAACCCCUGAAUCAAUCAAUCAAUCAAUCAAUCCCAUUCAUCAUAUCCUUAGUGUUGCUGCUUCAAAUUCCUUCGUUUAUGGAGAGAUGCGUGGAUGAUGAUGUUGUUGUUUCAACAAAUGACGAAAAGGUACAAUCACACAUACCUAACGAUCUUUCCUUCUCCAUUCUCUCAAAACUGCCUGUAAAAUCUUUGAAGCGAUUUGAAUGCGUAUGCAAAUCAUGGUCUCUCUUAUUUGAUAACCCUAAUUUUACGAAAGCCUAUCGCAAGAGUUUCUUAACAAAGAUUCGUGCUUAUUACGACGAACAAGAUACAUCUGUCCUCAUACAUAAAACUAAUGACUUUCCUUUUGAAGGUUUUUAUAACGAACGGACAUUCGAGUUGUAUUCUGUUUCUUCUAAUGAGAAUAAUAAUUUGGUGAAAUUAGAUUGGCCAAAUGUCAUUUUAGAUAGGCUUCCCGGGUAUGAUUCUGGUUUUGAUAUUUUACGUACUGGUAGUAGUAUUCAAGGAACUCUUUGUCUGUUUUGUUCAUACGAUGAGAAUAUUGUAUUGUGGAACCCAUCUACUAAUGAAUUUAAACUCAUUCCUCCCAGCCCUUUUCAUUCUUUAUCUUAUUUUAGUAUCGGGAACGUAUCUGUUUUUUUACCAUGUAUUUGGUUAUGACCAUUAAAAGGCGACUACAAACUGAUGGGCCAUAUACAACUUCCUCAAAAUUCUGAUUAUGCUAAGGACUAUUUUAUGAGUCCAGACUUUGAUAUCAAGUAUUUUUUGAAGAAUCAAGAGAUUCAACAAGACUUUGGUGAUGAGGAGGAUUUCAUGUGGGAGAUAUAUAGUUUAAGAACUAACUCUUGGAGAAAACUUGAUGUUGAUAAUGAUAUGCAUAUGCAUGAUCUGGCUAGAACAGAAUGUCAACAAUUGUACAUGGAUGGACUCUCCCACCGGCCGUGUAGAAGUGUAAAACAUAAUCAAACAUAUUUGGUGUCAUUUGACUGGAACAAUGAGGUUUUCCGUACAACAACACCCUUACCCUCAUACAUGGAUGAUGAUUAUCAUUGUGGUUUGCUGCCGGCCAACUUGAUGCUAUUAAAUGGGUCUAUUGCUUUAAUAACUUACGAUUUCAAUCAUACAUAUAACAUUUCAAUUUUGGGUGAACUCGGUGUAAAAGAAUCAUGGACUAAAAUUUUAACCGUAAGGUACUCACCUUGCCUUGAAUAUCCUAUCGGAGCGGGGAAGAAGGGUGAUAUCUUGUUUAUGAAAAAUGAUGGUGAACUAGCUUGGUUAGAUUUAAAUACUGAAAUAAUCGAGGACCUUGGUGUUAUAAUGGAGAGAUGGUUAUGCAAGAUGGUAAUUCAUAAAGAAAACCUUCUUCCAUUCGAAGGGGAGAUUAUUUAAUCUUUUUCUUCAUGUUUCACCAAAUAGGCAUAUGGUUGUUGUUAUUAGGGUUUUAUUUUGUACCUGAAGUGGCUUAUCAAUUUCUUAUAUCAUAUUUAUUAUCAAGAAAUUUCUUGCUUGUUUUGAAUGUUUACUCUGAUU